AAAACGCGUGCAUACAAAAGCAAAGCGGUGCGUUACGCGGAAUACAGUGUAGCGUGUGCACGCCGCGUGGAGAUCACCGAGAGGAGGGGAUUCGAACGACCCGCUCGACUUUCUCUCGCCCGUGGAAACAAACGCGUGAGCAAGCGCACGCGCGAGCGCGCCUCCGCUGUUCAACCAGCCGCGACGGUGCAAGCGCGCGGGAUCUCACGCGCACUCCGACGGAGAGACAGAGAGCGCGAGAGCAAGGGCGCGCGCACUUCUGUCACUUUCACCUUCUGAACGGGGAAAAAAGAAAGCGCUCCGUGGAGAACUAUUAUUGUUAUUAUUAUUAUUACUAUUAUUAUUUCAUUAUUAUCUCUUAGUUUUUUUUUGUUUGUUUUUGCCUGUUGUACUUCGACUGACGCCGUUACGACGAGUUACCGGUAAAAGCACGACAACUUGUCCAUUUCCGUGUGUUAUAUCGUGUUCAGAUGCGAGGAUGUGCGUUCCCACAUGAGGCUUUACAACCGUGCCAUGCUACUGACCCGGGGUCUCCUCAUGGAAAUGAGACGCUGUUCUUCUAUGGGUACAUGAAUCUGAGUUCCAGCGGCCAGAUGCCUGUGAUGGAGGAAGUCGAUAGCAGUGAGAGCAACGGCUUGCCGAAGAGAGUUGCUCUCAUCAGCUUCCUGUCGCUGGUCAUGCUUAUGAGCGUCCUGGGAAACCUACUGGUCAUGGUGGCCGUCUGCAAGGACCGGCAGCUCAGGAAAAUUAAGACCAAUUACUUCAUAGUGUCGCUGGCCUUUGCCGACCUACUGGUAUCAGUGCUUGUGAUGCCGUUCGGGGCCAUCGAGCUCAUCCAUCAGAACUGGAUCUACGGCGAGACGUUCUGCCUCGUUCGCACCUCGCUGGACGUUCUACUCACCACUGCCUCCAUCCUGCACCUGUGCUGUAUAUCUCUGGACAGGUACUAUGCCAUCUGUUGUCAGCCCCUCGUCUACAGGAACAAGAUGACACCACUGCGAGUUGCUCUUAUGAUCGGAGGAUGUUGGAUUAUUCCCACGGUCAUAUCCUUCUUACCAAUUAUGCAAGGCUGGAACAGUAUUGGAAUAAAUGAUUUGAUAGAGGCGCGGAAGUUCAGAGGCAACUCUACGGUGUGCGUGUUCAUGGUGAACAAGCCAUAUGCACUCACCUGCUCUGUGGUGGCCUUCUACAUCCCGCUGGGUCUGAUGGUUCUCGCCUACCAGCGCAUCUACGUAACGGCACGCGAGCACGCCCGUCAGAUCAGCAUGCUGCAGAGGGCGGGCGGCGCUGCCUCGGGCCUUGAGAGCGCCGAACACCAGCGCAACCACCGCAUGCGCACCGAGACCAAGGCGGCAAAGACUCUGUGCAUCAUCAUGGGAUGCUUUUGCCUGUGCUGGGCUCCGUUCUUUAUCACCAACGUGGUGGACCCUUUCAUAGACUACACAGUGCCCGAGCAGCUGUGGGCUGCAUGCCUGUGGCUGGGCUACAUCAACUCCAUGCUCAACCCGAUCCUCUAUGCCUUCCUCAACAAGUCCUUCCGCCGUGCCUUCCUCAUCAUCCUCUGCUGCGGCCACCAGCGCUACCGACGGCCCUCCAUCCUUGCACCUAGGACACCCUGCACAGCGACACAGAUCAACGGCUCCACACACGUACUCAACGGCUGCUCCUCUGCUUCUAAACUCCUACUCUGGUUCUGCAACACUAAGCCUGUUCCUGUCUAGUGCUGUGUGAGGAGCUCGCAAAUACUCAGUUCUACACAAUGGAAACAACAGCGAACAGGAGAAACUGUCAGUGCAGAAUGACACAGAGUCGCAGGAAUCCUGCUUCUGACUUCAUCAGGGCGGAAACUGGAAAGUGCCAUCGCUCGCCAUCAGCCCCCUCACACCUGCGGUGCAAAAACUCACACCGGGGAGUCCAGGAACAUAUUACUGAGUGGUGGACUGAGCUGAGUUCUAUGCUCCAAGAAUAUAGUGAACAAUGUUGCCAAAGGUAUUCGAUUUAUAUUUAAGGACGUAACGAUUUCUAAUGUUCAACGACCAGAUCCGUUAAAGAAUUCCACUCGUUCCCCAUGCCAAAAAACACGAUUUCACCAUUACUGUUGGAAUAUUUAAGCAGAAUUAAUCAGGAGAAUGUUUCUACUGCCCAGACGUUGCAUAACAAACAUCACACUGUGUUUAAUUCAUGUCUAACGAUGCAUUCAGACUUGUUUAUCAUUAUUAUUUUUUUAUACAGUAAGCAUAAAAAAUGCUAAAUAUAAUGAGAACACAAUAUCACACAAUAUUCUGCAAAGAGUUUGUACAACAGAAUAUUCUGAUCCAGUUUCUGAUCAACUCUGACAAGGAGGUGACAACAGGUAGAACAGAAAACGUGCCUUUGGGUGAAAUUACGUGCAGGAAAAUUAAUUUGUGUCCCCUUUUUUUUGGCACUUUUUAAAGAUUUUCACUACACUAUAUAUUAAAAAAAAGGUUUGUGGACAGCUGACCUAAGAUUAGUGUGCACUUUUGGAACAUCUCAUUUCACAUUUGCUGUUAUAAUAAUCUCCACUCUUCUAUGAUUGAGGUCAGAGCUUUAUAGCAGGCCACUCGUGAUCUUCCUCUCUAACCCAUGCAAAUCAUACUUCCAUGAAGCUCGAUUUGUGCACAGGGGCAUUUGGGUCUAGUUCAAGUAAGGGGAAUUGAAUGCUACCACACCCUUGUUAAAUUGUGUGCUAAAGUUCAGGCUCAUGAUGGAUCCAUUACUUGGUUGUUCAUUGUCUGGUACAGGAAUAAUGGAACUUCUGGGUUUCCUUUCAUCUGCAUUUAGUUAUAGUUCAGUCCAUGUGUUUUUCGGAUUCAUGGGUGAAACAGUCCUGCUCAGAAAUGUCAGUUUAUAUGCCUCUCUAUGUAUGAGCAUAAAAACAAUGUUAAUUUAGACAAAGGUUCUGCUUUGCAUACCUCAUCAAAUGAUUAUUUCUAUUCAGUGCAUUAUCAAGGUUAAUUCAGGACGCUUCUGAUACACAAUAGAGACAAAAGUAUUGGGACAACUGACCUUUUCUUGCAAUAUGUGGUUCUUCUCCAAACUGUCUCCAAGCACAAAUUGUACAUACUCAAUAGUACAGGACGUCUUUGGAUGUGGUAUGAUAAAAAAAAUUGCGUUCACUAGAACUUGGAAACCCAAAACUGUUUCAGCAUGGCGAUGCCCCUGUGCAGAAAUCAAGCUCCGUGAAAAUAUGGUGUGCAUUAUUCGGUAAAGAAGGUCUCGAGUAACCUGAGUAACCCCUCACAGCACCCACAUCAGUACCCGACUUUACUAACACCCUUGAGACUGAUGAACACAUAUGUCCACAAGCACACUCCAAAAUCUAGUGGAACACUUUCCCAGAAGAGUGGAAGGAAAUUGGGACCGAAUGUGGAAUGCGAUUCUCAAAAAAAUCACAUACCGUACUUAUGACCAGGUGUCCCAAUACUUUUGCCAAUAUUGUCUAAAUGCAUCCUUUCUUCAGAACAAAAACACAUUCAUGUGUUUUAAACAGUUAGUAUUUUUGUAAAUUAGUUUUAGUUUAUUCGUGUUUAAUCAUUCUUUUUGAAUCUAUCAAAAAAUCAGCCUCAACUGAGCCUCGUAUUUAAUAACGAGAUUUGAAUUCAUGUCAAUAACAGUAAACCUUUCAGUGCUAAUCUCAGAGGAGAAAGUACGAAUCAGAGUGUUGACAGAGCCCAUUGCUGAUUUUCAUUCAGCAGCCCCGAGCGCAACUGGCAGACCCCUUAGAAAUAAACAUAGCUUUGGAUUUCAUUUCCACAUAAUGACCUGUCCUGCAAUGAAAGCACUUAUAGCACUUUUUAAAAGGUAUCGAUUGCAGUUUUCGUGAAUAAUACAGUAUUCUGGUUGCUAAUAUUUUAUCAAAGACCAAAUUUAUAAGAGAAGAAUGAGGAAAGAUUCCUUAAAUGUGACCGUUUGUUAAAGUGUUAUGUGUGAUGCUGUGUUGUUUUACAGAAGAAAAAAAAAAGAGAGAGGGAAGCUUGUGAACAAAUAGCUCCAUGUGCACUGCAAAUGCUCUGUACAGCUAAAUGUGCUCUGAUAGAGGGGGAACCUCACAGUAUGUUUUCUCCUUUUGCCAACAAAAAGCUGAUACCAUUCACAGGUGGACAGCAAAAGGUAUAAUUUUCUGUUUUUAGCAGGUGGUCUUUAUAUGCUGAAGGUCAGAGCUUGGCAUGUGAGUGUGUUUUUUUAUUUUUGCUGUAAAUAGGAGUAUUUUUUAUGCAAGGGAUCUGACAGUGGCCCACGUGAAGCCCUCACUUCACUCUGAGGCAUCAUUCUCGCAGGAGAGCGUAACAGUUAACUUCACCGCUGGAUCGCACAGUGUCGUACAGUGCAACAUCCCGCAGAGAUAUUAACACGAUCACGUACGUGGCCGCAAGCACCUCAACCUUUUUUUUUUUUUUUUUUUUUUUAAUUUUAUGUAAAGGCUUCAGAAAAUACUGGCAGAACAUCAGACAGAAUUUCAUAUUGACUGUGAAGCUUGGAAAUGAGCUGCAAAAAAAUUCAUUCCUAUGAUUUUUAAUGGGAACAUAGAAAGUUUUUUCGUUUAAUUUUAUAAUUUUUUUUUUCCCAGGGCAUUCAGAUACAGAAUACAAAAUUUCCCCGAAAUGUCAUAGGAAUCAAGUUUUAAAGUUGUACACUCUUCAGGUAUGAGUAGGCGAAACGGCGAAAGCUCAGAAUUACCCAGGCAGCCUUGACAGCUGUGUAUUAAAAAUGAUUUUGGGGGAUGUUAAUUAACAACAAGCAGUCUGGAAAAUUAUUUUAAUGCUCCUGUUCCACUCUGAACUCUGCUUUUUUAAUUAUGUAGCACCCAUUGACCAUGAGUCACUGAGCACUCAGCAAUUUUAGUAGCAGAUGCGAUCACAAAAAGGGGGGGUGAGGGGGUAUCAAUAAAUCACUCGCAUAAUUUUACUAGUGUCAGUGUAAAGUUUGCCGAUGAGAAUGCGACAUCAGGCCCUGCCGUGAAGACACACAUCCGGAAAGCUUUCCCACAAUGGCUGCCGAAAUACCUACAGCAAUGCAGUUUUACCGAUUCGUGCUUCGUGGUUCUCCGACUCUCUUAUCUUGUUAACAGUGAUGUAUUACAGCCAUGUAGAAAUGUGACAUAAAAGCCGGUGUAGGCAUGAGGAAUGAGCGAGGAUACAUCUGCAAUGUAUUCUCGUCCUAAAGAGCCAUUUACUUGUAUUGCUAUAUCGGUCCUUCUCUCUCACACACACACACAUAUACUCGCAUAGACACACACACACAAACAACACUGUGUCACUGUGUAUGAAGUCCUGAAGGCAGAAGUUCUAAACAUGAAUGUGUUGUAAAUCUCUCCAUAAGUUGUACAAGAACUUUUGUAAACUCAGUAUUUAUUUUGGUGGAUAUAAAGAUUGAUAUUUUUCAUGUACGGCUUCUCUUUCAGGGAGCUAUGUGGAUUAAUUUUUCUGUUGCUAUGUGACAGCUCUAAUACAUGAUGAUAAUUAAAGAUGAUGGGAUAUAAUGUAAAUUGUGUCUGUCGCCUGCUUCAUCUUGAUGUUAUUUACAGCCAUUACCCUCAAUCAUAUAGCUCUCACCACGCAGCAACAAGAGGAUGUUGAAUAUACAGAUGUGCUUGUGGUCAGCCGAUCUUUGAGCGUUCACAGAUUUUUUUGUCAAACAAUGUUUUUUUUUUUUCCUGGGAUUAUCCGAGAAUGCAGGACGGCAGGGUGGCGAGCGCAGGAAGAGCAGCCGACUUGCCCAUAUGGCUCCACUUUGUGUUUGAAGGCAGUGACGAAUGUGGACACAACUCGCUUCCUAAACAUGUGCUCAUCAGACUAAAUAGAAAGCCACAAGCAAGAUGGAGUCAAAACAACAUGCAGCUAAAAUAGCAGGAAGUUUUUCCUUUUGUUCGCAUUUAUACUUAUUAUUAUACUUUCCCUCACCUGUUCCUCUUCCGGGUCGCUCUCGAGUCACCGGUUAUACAGCCAUUUUUUUUACCCUGGUCUAGCAUACAGUUUGUCUGCUAGUCCAUGCAGGUAUAUUACAUUAAAAUUGGCUCAUUAAUUCGAAUUUUCAGUGGCGCUGAACAUGACUGAGACCCAGACCCAUCAGA